UUGUCGUUGGUCAAAACACCGAGAACUAAGUCAAAAAAGGAUGUGAAGGAUACAAUGAAGUUGAAGGCAACCGAUGUACCAACGGCAUUAAAGAUGUUGCACAAAUACGCAAGUGUUGCACUCAAUGGUGGUCGCACUAUUCAAUUCACCUUGGAUCCUAAUGUCUUUGGUAAUAAUCGAGAAGUUUUUGUUGAAUUUGAUGAAAUCCACAAAAUGUGUGAAUUGGAGCCUAUCGCAGCAUCGAGCAUUUGUGUCUACAUAUGGCACUUAUACAAGGAGUGUGAGGCUUCAAACAUUCUUGAUAGAAUUCGAUUUGUUGAUCCAUAUUUGGUAUCAUGCGAUCCAAGUGUUGACCAAAACGAACAAGCGGGUAGGUUAGGCCAGAGGUUGAUUGGUACCAAAAACAAUCAACUUGUUAUGAUGCCAUGCAAUGUAGGUUGGCAUUGGAUUCUUUUGGUGAUUGAUCCACAUAAAGAAACUGUAUAUGCGUUGGAUCCAUUGUUAGAUGGUACCCAUGUUGAGGAUUGGAAGAGCAUGAUGACGUUAGCCAUGAAAAUGUUCAACAUGAGCAUAGGAACAAGAGGGAGGAAGACUCCUUUGUGGGAAACGAUCAAUGCUCCACAACAACCUGAUGGAGCACAAUGUGGAUUCUAUGUUAUGCGAUUCAUGAGAGAUGUCUUUGACAAUCUUGUAUCCGAUCACUCUCUCCCAUUAGCUACGUUGUUCACAGGAGGAUGUUAUUCCAAAAAAGAGAUUGAUGAAAUGAGGAUAGAGUGGGCAGAGUUUCUAAGUUCGAUUGAUGAUUGAUGAUGAUGGUGUAACUUUGACACUCAAGUAACCUCAUUUUUGACUUACAUGUAUUAUGAUCAACAAUAUUUUUUUGGAUUUGAUGUAGGAUGAUUGUAUGAUGGAUACUUUUUCAAUGUAGGAUGAUAAUUAACUUUGAUUCUAAUGAAUGACC